GAGAGUGGGCCAUUUCUUCAAGGAAGAGGAGUGAAAACAGGGGUUUGACACCAAACUUAAAAGUCCUGCACAGUGUGUGAAGAAAUCACAGACCCACUGGGACUUUCUGUAUUUCCUCAGGAUAAGAGCUGAAGGCCUGUUUUCAGCUGCUCACUGGAGACCACUUUGGACAGAAUGACUUCCACUCUGGAGAAAUCCAAAAACUUUUGCAUUGAUGCGCUGCUGGCGCACGACGUGGAGCAGAGGACGGAGAGCGACGGUGCGUGUUACACCAAGAGCCCCGGGGACAGUCCGGUGUCAAACCGCUGCUCUGAGACACCCUCCCCUCACCCGAACCCACCAAACUCCUCUCCAGCUCCUCUGGGAGUCUUGCCCAAAUCCCACCUCUACAACAACUUACCCCAGUCGGGAUUCGCUGCUCUGCACCACGGGGGUCUCAUCGGGAUGCACCCGGGCUCUGUGUACCCCCUGGCGGCCCUGGGAGGCCAGCAUCCCGCCUUCAUCUAUCCCGGUUUUACGCAGAUGUUCCAGUCGUACCCGGAGCAUCUGAAGGCGGGUGUAAUGUCAGGAGCUGUCCCCCUGGAGCCAUGGAUCAGAGCCGGCUUCAUGAUACCUAGAUUUGGAGAAUAUGGAGCUCCAGCCCAGGCAGGUUUGUUGGGGAAGUGUAGAAGGCCGAGGACGGCUUUCACCAGUCAGCAGCUCCUUGAACUAGAAAACCAGUUCAAGCUCAACAAGUACCUGUCCAGGCCUAAACGCUUCGAGGUGGCCACUUCACUCAUGCUGACCGAGACUCAAGUUAAAAUCUGGUUCCAGAACAGGCGCAUGAAAUGGAAGAGGAGCCGCAAAGCCAAGGAUCAAGCAGCCCUCACUUCAUUGACUGGUGCAGAAAGAGAUGAAAUGGAUACACAUAGUGCCAAGUCUCAGGGUGAUUCACACAGCUCAAGCCUAGAAGAUGAGGAGGAGCUUGAUGGGGAGGUUGAGGAUGAAAACGAGGAGACAGAGGUGCUGAGGGCAAGUUCUUUAGGCUCUGUAGGCUGCACCAGGCUUGACAUAGGAGGAAUAGGGAACUACAGCACUUAUUCAGAGGAGCAACGAAGCGGGGUUUUCCCUGGGUUAUGAAGUCCUGCAGGCCUUCAGUGUAUGUCUUUUUGUGUUUACUCCUCCUGAGAAAGAAAAUACACAAUGCUACUGAAUAUGAAAACUGACCACAUCAAACCAGAAUAAUGCCAUCUUCAUGUAUCUGGUGAUUAUAUUGUUUGAUGACCACUCACUGUACAAGAGGUAUGGCUUCAAAAUCAGCAAAUAAUUCUAUUUUUAUGUGUAUUUUUGUGCAUGUUUCGGCCAAACUAUAAACUGUAAUCUGCAAUAAACACAUGAAUGCACAUGUUCUAAAACUGUAGAAGUUUAGGGAAAAAAGCACUUUCAUGGGAAGGAGUGGAACAUUUUACUUGUUAGAUGUUGACAGGAGUGUCAGUGUUACAUUGUUGUCAGUGCUCUCUGGUCUGUUACAAAUAUUAGAACUUGAACUAAUAUUGGAAGAUUUUCAUACUUUUUAAGAAGACUCAGAUUUACAUUUGCUCAGUAAAUAUUUUAGGGCAUUAUAAUGGGGCAACACAGGGGGAAACACUUCUCAGGUUGUAUAGUACUUUUUUGAUGAUUUGGUCAUGAAUUUGUGUUUUGUAAUGAAGCUCUUUGAUUUGUUUGAACUUUGUGAAUCUGCAUGUUGCCUAUUUAGUUUAAAAGUCACACAUGCACACACAAAGAAAUGCUUGCAUGUACUGUAUGGAAGUUGAAUGUGACCCUCUCAUUGUGUUUUGUAAACUAUUCUUAUAGUAUCACGCAUGGUGUUGUCAAUAUAAUUUAAAAAUGAUAGAAUUUAAUAUAUUUCACCUGUGCAACACUAGAGUCUUUUUUGUGUGGAGGUGGUUGUUUGAAAAAUAAAUCAUGAUUGCUUUGA